AUUACUCCUCAAUACAAACCAACAUCAAUUCAUUAGUUACUCAACUUAUCUACAUUUCCUUUCAAUCUGCAAUGGCUAAAGAUAUGGCUCAGUCGCCUCUCGAAAGAAACAACAUGGUGUCCUUGGACCAGAGGCUAGCCAUGGCCAAGCAUUGUUCUCAUCAAGGCGUCGUUGCUGGUGCAAAAGCUGCUGUGGUUGCUACUAUUGCAACCGCUAUUCCUACUGUUGCGACUGCCAGGAUGCUGCCGUGGGGGAGAACCUACCUUAACCACACUGCUCAGGCUCUCAUUAUCUCCACAGUGGCUGGUGCUGCGUAUUUCAUAGUUGCAGACAAGACCGUUCUGGCAACAGCGAGGCAAAACUCCUUCAAGCAGAGCCAGGGUUCUGACAUUGAAGGAUGAAAUUAAGAAAUUACAUUGUUCGACAAUGAUGCUAAAAAUUAGCAAGCUCGUGUAAAUAGAAAAAAACAGCUUGUACUAGUGUAAUCAAGCAUCAAUAAAACGAAGUUUGAAUGUUUUACCGUA